AUGACCAGUGAUGUCUACGGAAGUGGUAUCGUCUUACGAGCACCAACAACUUGGGAUGAAUGUGAAGAAAUUAAUCAAAAAUAUUAUAAAUUAUCUCUUCAAAAAGCAGCUAAAAAAACAUCAGUCUCCGAUCAAUCAGAUGAUGAUCCAUUAAAAUUAGUACAAACAUAUCCCGAGAAGGAAGUACAAAAAUAUAAUAUUACAGCCUCUUUAUCUCAAAAUGGAAAUGUUGAUAUUGAAUCUGAUAAAUUUAAUCCUCAUUUAUUUUUAGCUACAAAACAUCAUCCAAUCAAAUAUCAAGAAUUUAAUCGCGCCAAAAAGAAUUUACAAACUACAAUGGAAGAUUUGAAUAUGAAAAUGAUUUUACUCAGUGAACGGAAUAUUCAUAAAUUUGCAGAAGCAAAAAAUAUUGUUGAUCUGUUGUGUUCUAAUAAGGAUGCUAAAUUUAGAGAUGGAAGUGUUGAGAGAUUGGAUCAAGCCUUGGAAAAUUCAAUUCAAGAUGCUGAAAAAUUAUUUGAUCCUUUAAUUCAGAGAAAAGAGGAAAAAAUGCAUCAAUUUAUUAAAGAUUUAUUACAAAAAUGUUUAAAUAAUUAUGAAAAAAAUACAAAAGAUAUUUCAGAAUUAAUUGAACAAGAAGAAUUAUUUAAUCAUGAAGAUACUAAUUAUAGUAAUACUUCCUUUUUUAGACAAUUAUUAGAAAAGAAAACUGUUGAAUUAGUUUCAGAUUUAACAAAUGUUUUACUAAAAACAAUUCCAGAUUUUUGGCAACUUUCACAAAAUAUUAUAAUUGGAAAAUAUAAAAAAAAGAAAAAUAAGAAGAAGAAUUUAGAUUCAAAUUUGGAAAUUCAAAUUUCAAAUUUAAUGAAAGAUUUAACAGUUAAAUAUUCAGAUAUUGUAAAUACUGCUAUUGAAACUAUUGAUAAUAAUACUGCACAUCAAAAAUCUCUUUGUCAAUGUAUUUGUGAAAUUAUUAAAUGUAAUGAACAAUUGGAAAAAUUAAAAAUACCAAAAAAGUUUAUUUCCAAUUUUGGUGAAUAUACAAAUUUAAUGACAAGAUAUAUUGUAAAUGAAAUUUGGAAUAGAACUAUUAUGGAAAUUUCAAGAUUUCAUAAAUUAGAAAAUUGGAAAACAAUUUCUGAAACUUUAACCAUCACUGAAUUACCUUUAAAAUUUCAAGAAUUUGUCAUUAAAACUUUGAGUUUACUUCGACCAUUCAUGUCAAAGGGUUCAAUUCAUAAUAGUGAAUUAGUUUCAGAAGUUGAAAAAUAUUUAUUAGAAUGUAUUCAAGUAUUUGCUGAUUGUUUCCAUGAAUUAUCAUUUAGACAAUUAUCAUCCAAUAAUAAUUCAAUAAUGAAUAGUGCUAAUUCUAAUAAUAGUGGAAAAUAUAGAUUUUCACUUUAUAAUUUUAAUAAGAUUGAAGAGAAGGAUAGUCGUCUCUUAUUAACUCUCUCCAAUUGUUCACACACUAAGAAUGUAAUUGUAUUUAAUAUAUUGUCUGCAUUUGUGGCUGGUUUUAAAAGUCAUUCUAAUGAUCAGACUACACUUCAAGAUGGAAAGAAUGAUCUACUUGAUGAUGAUCAAAAUACAUUCAUUGAUGAUGAUGAGGAUGAAUAUUCGGAUAAAUCAGAUAAUGAAGAAUCAAAUAAUAUGAAAACUGUCGCAACUGGUGCACAGAAAGCAAUUGCUCAAAUGGAAUUGAGUUUUCACAUGACAAGCAAACAUUUACAAAAUCAAACUAAUGAUUUUAUGAAAACAGAAUCAGUUCAACAUGUUUAUGUUGUCUAUGAUACAUUAAUUGAUUUAUUGAUUAAUGAUUUUGUUAAAAGGAAAUCUCUAACAUUUUACAAACGUAUUGAGAAGGGUCUAUUAUUAAGUGGAUAUGAUUGGAAAUCAUCACCUGCACCUUCAUCUAUUAGAUCUUAUAUUUUAGAUUUAUUAUUGGAAUUAUCAAUGGUUCAUUCAAAGACUGAAAAGAUGACUAGUGUUACUUUUAAUAAUGUUAAUUUAUCAACUAAUGGAAACGCACAGAAUAAUAACUUUACCAAUCAAAAUUUGAGUGUUAAUCGUGCAUUCACAAGUAGGAUAUUCUCCUUAUUGACUGAGAGACUUGGUGAAACUUUCCUUCAUUUUUCCAAGACUAUUGAAGAUGUUUGUGAAAAUGCUGCUUUCCAAUUAGAUAUUGAUAUUUCAUUUAUUAGAAGAGCUUUACAAAGUUUUGAAACAUCUAGAACUAAAUCAAUUUAUCAAAAGAUUAACAAGCACUUGACAAAGUUAUCAAACUUUUCAUCCUCAAGUGAACAAUAUCAAAUUCUUAAGAAUACUCUUAUUGCCUCAGCUGCAGAGAAAUCAUUCACCCAAUUGGAUUGCUUUGAUAUUCAUGUUGAGACUUCAUUCAAUUUGUUAUCAAUUUCAAGCUCUUUCAGAAUGAUGGAAUCAGGUCACACAAUUGAGUAA